CAGGUACCCUUUGCAAAAACUCCGCUCCCUUUUCUGCGUGGUAGCACAAUUCGCCGGCGCACACUAUUGCCCUGGGCCACCGCUCUGAUUCGGCAAUCUCGAUCGCCUGAUCAGGUGGUACGAAAGAAGAAACAACUAGGAGGAGUAGUAUGACUGAGCCUAGUACCCAGAGCCAGAGUCAGCCUCGGUCUCAAUCCUCGCGCGAUGGCUCCAUCAGUUCAACCAAUUCAGCAGGAGGAGCCGCAUCAGCAGGAGGAGCGGCUGGCUUCCUAUCCAAGAUCACUCGAUCUCCUUCGCGCAGACACAAACCUCUAGGAUCUAACACUUCCAUCGACGCUACUCUCUCUGCCGCCGGCUCGACACCACCUCGCACUCGUUCCCGUCCAACCUACAGUCGAACGGCUACUGCCCCUCCUGCGCCCGUCACCCUGAAUUCCAUCAGACCCGAUCUCCUCUCCCGGACCAACAGUGAUGUGACUGGCCACGCUACCUCUGAUAACAAUAUGCUGCCUCUCCCAGCUGGGAAUAUCGCACCAGUCUACAACCCCUCGGGGGCGAAUCGCGCCCCGUUACACAAGGUCUCCAGCAAUGUGAGCGUCGGAGAGGAUACUGCAAGUACGCACCCCACGAAAGGCAAAGAAAAUUCAUCGCGAGAGGUGGAUGUCCCCUCGGCGUUGGCACUCAAUGGUCUCCUCCUCAACAACUCGACUGCGGCGACGGUCUCAAACCAGGCCAACAAUUUUGCGUCCUAUGCACAGAUACAAGAGAUGACACACAAGAGGGUAGCAACAUUGGAGUACCUGCGAAGGGCACACGAAGGCCGGUCUUUUUGGUUCAACACAGUCCUGUUCCAUGAAACCGAUAUCGCAAAACUGCCCUCUUAUACGCCUAACCGACUUUCGAGGCGAGCGGUCAAUUUCAUGCUCCUAGGAAUGUCAUUACCUACGAUCCUGGACUUUCACCCUCCGCAGCCGCAGACCGCUUCGAAUGCUGCGAACAGCACUGCGGUCGCACAGGAUUAUUUAAAGAAUUUGAAUACACUUUUCACGGAAUUCGAAUCCUUUCAACAACUACAUCCGCCUGAUGGCAGUUCGGCAAGUUCGCUGAGCCGGGCACGAAUCCCCCAAAUGUUCAAGAGGGCCACCACGACGUCCAGACCUCGGAAGUCAAGUGGUCCUGUCACAGACAUUGGCCUCCCCAUGCUUCCGACCACUUCGCCGCCUUCAACCGUGCCGGAAGCUGGGCAUCAUGGAUCACAACCCUCAAUAGACACUACAGCUAGCGGGGCUACGUUUGCCUCGUCGGCAAGUACAUUGGUGAAUCCUUCUCCUUUGGCUCCUAUGCCGGCAGUCAACUUCCCCAGUGCGUCAGCAUUUCCUCCUCCAGCACCAUUUGAUGCGCCGAAUUCGACACUAUUACCCAACGAAGGACCAUACACCCAUCUUCAAACCCCGCCUCUGCCGUUCACGCCGGACUUUUUCACCGUGUUUGCCACUUUGUGCGACGCGCUGAUCGACACUUAUCAGCGGUUGCUGCAGAUCCUGACGGGUCCGGCGGCAUGCACGAACGUAAUCAGCGAUCUGUUUGCCAAACUUGACGGGCGAAUCCGAAAAGUGAUUGUUUCCGCGAUCGUCCGGGAGUUUGAACAAGCUUCUCGAGAGUCGGCCAAGAGAGAGAUGAUAGGGGUGCAGAAAGUGGUCUUGGGAGGGUUGAUGGCAUGAAGAACGAAACACGAAAUCGAGACGAAACGGAUAGGCGACGUUGGCCCACUUUCUUAUGUUACCUGACCUGUAUGAUGAUAUUCUUGGAUACCACAUCAAAGCGCGGCGUUUGGAAAGAACCUUGCAAGAUGGGCGCGUUGCGCGAAUAUGUAACAACUGGCCGAGAGAGGCACAGAACUAUGGUGCUGCACGAUGGAUCUGCGGCAGACCCCUCCGUACCAUGUAAUAUGUACAACCGUUACGCGUUGCCAGAAGAGGAGGUGACAAGGCUGUGAUGUGUGAUAUUGCUGACACGACGUAAAACUGACACGCAACCACGACGUUGUUCAAACCGCCAACUUGCCCUGCCCCUCGAUUCGAC